AUGCCAAUGGGCGCUGUGUCAGCCUACCAAAUCAUCAUCGCAUGGGUCGCCAACUCCUUCCCGCGACCGUUGGUCAAGCGUUCUGCCGCCAUCGCCAUCGCCAAUAUGCUCGGUAACACGGCGUCGAUCUAUGGCAGCUACAUGUGGCCCUCCUCUUCCGGACCACGAUACAUUCCGGGAGGAGGCGCUACCGCCGGCGUUGCCUUUCUCGUGGCCGUGUUGGCGUUUAUCAUUCGGAUGGUACAUGCACGUAUGAAUCGAAAAUUGGAUGACGAGGAGGGUCCGGAGGCGGAAGGAGUAGAUGUGGCCGAAAGACCGGUGCAGUUUAGAUAUAUUCUUUAG